CAAGGUACGACCCAUAUUCAAUGAAGCAUUUGUUAUCUGUCAAAACUAGUAAUCCAGAAAGCAAGAAAAUGUUCAAUGAAUUUUUUGUUACAUUCAGUCUCCUUAUUGGCCCUCACAGUUAAUUGCCGGCUAAUUUGUAAAAUGGUAUCAUAAAUAAUAUUAUCUGUUUUCAGUCCUGCGUUGACUCUUGUAAGUUUAAACUGAUGAAAGUCAAGGUUUCUAGAUAGAGUGACAAGUUUAUCUUGGAAACUAAAGUACUUUGAAACUCUUACGGCCAAGUACUUUGAAACUCUUACGGCCCUGGAUCAAUUUUCUUUGAAACUUCCUGUUGUAAUUCUAGAAGCCUUCCAGGAUCAGCUUAUUUUUGAUAAAAUCAUUCUUGAUACCCAUAAGCUACUUACAGCAGCUUCUUGCUAGAAUUGAUAUUGUCUUUAUAAUGAACUUAAGAAGGAUUUCCAAACAUGCACUUCAUAUCAAUGUAAGCUUUGGUGCUUAUCAAAAAAAAAAUGUAAGCUUUGGUAGAACUCUGAAAAUGUAGAGUACCCAGCUAUCUAUUUCUAUUUCAAAGCUACUCACAGAAGCUUCCCACCAGAAUUAAUUUCGACUUUAGAAUCAAUUAUGGAAGGACUUCCAAACCUGCACGAAGUGCUUCUUGAAGAUGACUUCACUAACGUGAAAAAUAUGUCAUCCCAGUUUUUCUGGAAAAGUAUUUGAAAGAUAUGGAUGUGGAAAAUGAGUAUUUUGACUUGACCAUUUACUUUUACUCCCAUAGUAGACGGCAAAGACCAUCAAGAAAUAAAGGCAUUGACUUGAUUUUCCUAUCAUAAUGUGGACCUCUCUUCCGUUUCUAUCUACUCAAAAUCACCAUUACCUUUCUCCUUUCACUCAUCUCUCUCAAACCAUGAGCUCAACCAAGCAAGCACACACUCGUCAUGAGAGUGAAGAAGACAAAGAAUUCAGUUUCUGGGGUUCAUCAAAUACCAUAGCUUCUGAAAAUGAUUGUGAUAGCAAAUUUAAAUUUGAGCACUCACCUUUUCUCCCUGGUAGUUCAGACCCUUCGCGGAGCAAAGCGAUCGCUGAAGGAAGGAGGGAGCUAAUGGAGUUGAUGCAAGACAUGUCCGAGUCCAGCUACGAACUCUCUUUGCAGGACAUGGUGGUUGAGCAGCAACCACAACCUGAUCAAAAUGAAAAGUCUGUGGACAACACACUCAUGCAAAGUAGUGGCAAUAAAGCUCUGAAGAAGAAAAAGAAGAAGAAAAGCAAAAGCAAAAGCAAUAAGCCCGAUCGGAUAAUGCGGAUUGAAAGCAUGGAGAGUGAAACCUUCCUCCUGAAGAUGUUCUUUCCAAGUUCUCUUGAUUGGAUGAAGAAGGCUAAAGUACAGCAGAAUGUCUCCAACUCCAAGGUUUCUCAAAGACCAUCAUCGAAGGAAUCCAUAAAACAAGUAGAUAAAGAAUGGAGAAUCAAAAGAUUUUUCCUUGCAGGAGACAACAAAGGGGACACUGAAGAUGGACUAAGUCAAAACAAAAGCAGGUAUGUUGAUCGCAGCUUCUCAUUCUCACAUGGUUGCUGGCCAUUCUUUCAUUAUAUGAAAGGCAAAGCAAAGAAACUGGGAGGAUUAAUUGAUUAAAAAUAUGAACACUUUUGUUCAUUUGUAGCAAUGGCUUUCAUUUUGCCUAUUUGAUCAUUGAAAUUUCUCCUCUCAUGUGUGGGAAAGAUGAUGGAGAAACUGUGUAGGGCGUGUAGUUGAAGCCACAUGAAUCUGCUUCUUUCACUGUAUGUCUGUAUGUAUCAGCUAAAUAUUGGUUAGUUAAAAAUCCAUUAGCUCAUUAUAAUGAGUCAAGGAAUUAGGACACUUGCCCAAUCAUGAUUUAUCUUUCUUUACAUAAUACGUUGUAUCCGGGAAUGCUACUUUAUAAAUUUAUUACACUAUGACCUCAAUCAAUGUCUCAUCAUAUUCAUAGGGAUAGGCAAGAACCAGCAAGUCAGCAACUAGAAGAUGAGAUAUUGUAUUACAGAAAAGACUCUAAAUGAAAACUACUGGGAAAUUACCGUUGGAAAACUGGUAUGAGACCACAAGUACCAUUUUUCUAGUGGAAGAAAUAGUCAAACAGAUAAAAGCCUAAAAAUGAUGUCAAGAACCCCA